ACAGCAAAGUUAGCGCUAGUGCCGUCAGAGAUAUUGUCAACCAAAUCCAAGCCGCUUCUCAAGAAAAGAAGCGUAACUUUGUCGAAACCGUCGAACUUCAAAUUGGUUUGAAGAACUACGAUCCUCAACGUGAUAAGCGUUUCUCCGGUACCAUCAAGCUUCCCAACAUUGCUCGUCCUCGUAUGACCGUCUGUGUCCUUGGUGAUGCUUUCCACUGUGAUCAAGCCAAGGGUUGCGGUAUGGAAUUCCAAUCCGUUGACGAUUUGAAGAAGUUGAACAAGAACAAGAAGCUCAUCAAGAAGCUCGCUAAGAAGUAUGAUGCUUUCUUGGCCUCUGAAGCUUUGAUCAAGCAAAUUCCUCGUCUUUUGGGUCCUGGUCUCCACAAGGUCGGUAAGUUCCCUACCCCCGUUUCUCACAACGAUUCUUUGGUUGAUAAGGCCAAUGAAAUCCGUUCCACCAUCAAGUUCCAAUUGAAGAAGGUUCUCUGUCUCGGUGUUGCUGUCGGUCACCUCGAUAUGACUGAAGACCAAUUGGUCGCUAACAUCAUGUUGGCUGUCAACUUCCUCGUUUCUUUGUUGAAGAAGCACUGGCAAAACGUCAAGUCUUUGUACUUGAAGUCCACUAUGGGUAAGCCUCACCGCUUAUUCUAAUUGCUAUUACGCUUUAUUUUCUUUAGAUAAUAUGUAUGUAUGAUGAUAUAUAAUGAUUAUGCGUGAACUAGAACAAUCUGACGGUAAACCAAGGUAUUGGACUUGGGUGCCAAUAUCGUUUGGGAGCACAUAACUUUUUUUCUCAUAUAUACAUUAUUAUUGUUGAAUAAAUGAAAUUUAUUUCGA